AUGAUGUUGCCACAAAGUGGUGUCAAAAUUAUUGAUGGUGAUAAUGGAAAUGGUGGUGAGGGUGGUGGCAUGGGCACAAGAUUCUUUUCACCUUCUGGUGUUCCUAGCAUUCAGUGGAGACCUGGUAGUUGCUUCCAAACUCAACAUGAAGGGGGACAAUUCCGCAGAAGAACUGAAAUAGCACCAGAUUCCAACAAGUACAACAAGGAAGCAGCACUCUUCUUGGUAUGCCUCCUAUUUCUGGAGGAACAAGUCAAUGAUGUUAAGGACUUCAUUGAUGACUAUGUGGAACGAAAUCAGGAGGAUUUUGAUGAGUUUGAGGAUAUUGAUAUGUUAUACAACACCUUAUCAUUAGACAAAGUAGAAGCACUUGAAGAUCUUGUUAUCAUUGGUCUACCUGACCUCGUUAAGCUCUCAAUCUGAUCUGGAAGCUAAUUUGUUUAAGCAUUAUCAACAAGAUGCAGUAAAGACUUGGAGUUGAAUUUGGCUAAGUCAUUAUUAACUGAGAUGGCCCAAUGUACAAUUGCUUAUCUAUAUAAUUAGCAGUUUGGAGCAUUAGUCUUAAAGAAUUAUGAAAGGCAAGAUGCAACUUUAGUUAGUUGGAAUUUGAUGUACAUAGUAGAUUCGAUGCAAAUUUAUAUAUUGUAAGAAAUAUAAUUGUAUGACACUAAAUUUAUGCAAUGGAU